AUGGUGCAGUUGGACUGCACGAAAGAUGCUGCAGAUGUAGCAAAGCAGCUGGAGAGCGAGCACGCGGGGGAUCUUGAGUUCGUGGAGCUCGAUCAGCGCAACCUUUUCAAGAUGCAGAGCCCGCAGAUCGCGGACCCACACUGGUCCAGGCAGUGGGGCUUCCGCCGGAGUGGCUUCGAUUCGGCAUGGAGCCGCUUGGAGUCGCUGCAAGUGGAACCCGCGCCGGUCACCAUCGCCGUGCUCGAUACGGGGAUCCAGCUGAACCACGAGGACCUGCAGGGUCGCCUUUGGCAGAACGAGGGCGAGAUCCCCAACAACGGCGUGGACGACGAUGGCAACGGCUUUGUGGAUGACGUGCACGGCUAUGACUUUGCAGAUGAGGACGGCGACCCGUCAGAUGACGACGGCCACGGGACGCACUGUGCAGGGGUCAUUGCCGCUGUCCGAAAUGCUGUGGGGGUGGUGGGGGCUGCCGGCGGCAAUCCUGCGAUACGGAUCAUGGCUCUGCGGUUCCUUAGCCGGGAUGGGGGCCGCACCAGCGACGCAGUGCUAGCGCUGAACUAUGCCAUCUCCAUGGGGGCCAUCAUCUCCUCAAACAGCUGGGGUGGGCCUUCCCACAGCCUUGCGCUACAGGCGGCGGUUCAGAGCGCGAAGGAAGCGGGCCACAUGUUCGUGGCAGCAGCAGGCAAUCUGGGUAGAAGUAACGACCUAAUCCCGACGUACCCCUGCAACUACGAGCCUGCCUUGUGCGUGGCAGCGACAGCACCCACGGACCAGUUGGCCGACUACAGCAAUUAUGGCGUUGACUCGGUGCAGAUCGCAGCUCCAGGCACGGACAUCUUCAGCACGCACCUGGGGUCUCGAAGCUACAUGGCCCUCAGCGGCACGUCCAUGGCCACCCCGCUGGUUGCGGGAGCCACGGCUCUCGUCUGGAGUUGGAUGGGCCGAAGCUUCGUGAGCGAUUUGGAAGACCUGCAGUCUAUCGUGGUGGAGUCUGCCGAGCGGGCGCCCUGGCUGGAUGGCUUUGUUUCUGCUGGGCUCCUGGACGUCGGGGCAAUGGUAUCGAAGGCAGAGUCCAGGAACUGGAUUCGUCUCCAGGAGCCUUUGGGUGGCUGGAGAGAUCCAACGGGCACACUGGCUCGGGUGUCGGUGCCGGCCAACGGCGCCGUGUCCUUGGGGGUGGAGAUCGGCCAUGAGUUCCUGGGGGUGGGUGUCUACCAGGCCCAGAUCAACAUCGACUGGGGAGAGGGCAAGAAGGAUUGCAACGAGAAGGUGCCAGUGCAGUAUGAGAUACUUGGCACGCCUUUCCUGCCUUCCACGAUCUUUGCCGGCACGCUUCAAUUCGGGACGGUCCCGGUCGGAGGAGAGGGUCGACGCACCGUGCGGAUCUGGAACUUCGGAAAUGGCACUGCCCGAGCACAAGUCCUGCCACUGGCGGUGCCCUUCGCAGGACCGAGUAUGGAGGUGUCUGUGGAGCCGCACCAGUCCGCAGACGUCGUGAUCACAUGUCGCCCACGUAGCACGGGCACCUACGCGGGCACAGUGGAGUUCAAGACGAAUUCGGGCCUCACCGCGUUCGAUGCGGUUGCAGUGGACGCCCUGGACCACGGUGAAGCUUUCACGAUGCCGCUCCAUUGUGAAGGAAGCGAGGCCCCACACAUGGAGUUGGAUGCCUUCAGCGGCGUCAUGCUCCUGCGUGAGGGUGAACUUCCUUUCCACGUCUCGCCCAGCGUUCCUGCUGAGUGGGAGUCCGAGAUCGUGGACCCUCAGGCUCCGGAGUGCAACGUCACGGCGUUCUUAGCGGCAGCUUCCACUACGAAUGAGCAAGGCUGUGAGCCCCACGAAUCCUCCUUGGCCGGCAAGAUCGUCAUCGUCGCUCGCGGCGGCUGCACUUUCCAGCAGAAGACGGAGAUGAUUGAGGCCAGGACUUCUUGGUGCCUGCGAAGAAUAUCCAACAACAACACCUCCAACAGUAGCAGUAACAGGAAUAGCAAUAGAAACAGCCGUUUGACAGAGACAGUCACAACGACAACGACAGCAACAUUUGCAGCAACAGCAGCAGCAUCAGCUAUAGCAACAGGCAUAGACAUGGCAAAGGCAAUAGCAACAACAACAACACCAGCCCCAACACCAACCCAAGACCAAGACCAAGACCAACACCCACACCGCCGCCACCGCCAGCAGCAGCAGCCGCAGCAGCAGCAGCAACAGCAAGAUCAAGAUCAAGAGCAAGAGCCAGAGCAACAGCACCACCACCACCACCACCAACAACAGCAACACCAGCAGCAGCAGCAGCAGCAGCAACAACAGCAACAGCAACAACAACAACAUUAUCGGCACCACCAACAGCAACAACUGUAG